CUGUUCCCAAGUUUCCACUCCUUUUUAUUCCACUGAGCCACUGUUUCCUUCUCAUUUCUCAAUUUAAAUUGACCGUUGCUAAAAUGUCCUGGUUCUAACUUCUUAGUUCUAACGGCUUUUUAAGUUGACUCCUAUCUCAAUUUCCCGCCAAUUUAUUAGUAAUUCGAAAUUCCAAAACCCAAAGACUAUUGGGUUUAAAGCUCCACUUUAUAGUAAGCCUAUAAUGGAGGCCCCAAAACCACCCUCUCCUACUUCUUCUUCAGAUUUAUAUGCUUAUCUCCUCCAAACAAGCCUCAAAUCCAAAGACCCGUUAGCCGGAAAAUUGAUUCAUGCUCGAAUAAUCAAAGCCGGGCUUCACCUCGGCGUGUUUCUGAUGAAUAAUCUCAUGACUUUCUAUGCAAAAAGUGGGUUUGUUUCCGAUGCUCAUCGCGUGUUUGAUGAAAUGAAUGUGAGGACUAUAUUCUCUUGGAAUACAAUACUAUCAGCAUAUGCGAAACAGGGUAGGUUCGAUAAGGCACACCGCGUGUUUGAGGAAAUUCCUAACCGCGAUUCCGUUUCAUGGACUACGAUGAUAGUGGGGUAUAAUCAGAUGGGUCGUUUUGAAAAUGCGAUUCAGAUGUUUUUAGAGAUGGUUGGAAGUAGAGUUGCACUAACACAGUACACAAUUACUAAUGUUCUUGCUUCAUGUGCUGCCGUUGAAGCUUUGGAUAUUGGUCGGGAGGUUCACUCAUUCGUAGUUAAACUUGGGCUCAGCAGUUGUAUGCCUGUGGUGAAUUCCUUGUUAAACAUGUAUGUAAAGUGUGGUGAUCCAGUAACGGCAAAAGUUGUUUUCGAUAUGAUGAGAUUGAAGAACACAUCAAGUUGGAAUGUUAUGAUUUCAUUACAUAUGAAGUCUGGUCGGGUUGACCUUGCUCUUGCCCAAUUCGAACAAAUGGAAGUACGAGAUAUAGUUUCAUGGAAUUCAAUGAUUGCAGGUUGUAAUCAGCAUGGUUUUGAUCUUGAAGCGCUGGAAAUUUUCUCAAACUUGUUGAAGAAUUCUUCAUUAAGGCCCGAUAAGUUCACAUUGGCAAGUGCUUUGUCAGCUUGUGCCAAUCUUGAGAAGUUAGAUCCUGGGGAACAAAUCCAUGGCUAUAUCAUUAGAACUGAGUUUGGUACGUCUGGGGCAGUGGGGAAUGCUCUGAUUUCAAUGUACGCCAAGUCUGGUGGGGUUGAAAUUGCACGGAAGAUUGUAGAGCAAAGUGGGUCUUCAGAUCUUGAUAUUAUAGCUUUUACAUCGUUAUUAGAUGGCUACGUCAAGCUUGGGAAUAUGAACCCAGCUAGAAAGAUAUUUGACUCGCUAAGAGACCGUGAUGUGGUUGCAUGGACGGCCAUGAUUGUAGGUUAUGUGCAAAAUGGCUUGAAUAAUGAUGCUUUGAAGCUCUUCAGAUCAAUGAUUACAGAAGGCCCCAAGCCAAAUAGCCACACACUAGCAGCCAUGUUAAGUGUCAGUUCAAGUUUGGCAUCUUUGUAUCAUGGCAAACAAAUUCAUGCAAGUGCCAUAAGAACAUGGGAAGUAUUAUCAGUUUCUGUGAGCAAUGCUCUAAUCACCAUGUAUGCCAAAUCUGGAAGCCUUAACAAUGCAAAGCAGGUAUUCAAUUUAGUACAACAGAACAGAGAUACUGUCUCUUGGACUUCCAUGAUUAUAGCUUUGGCUCAACAUGGCCAUGGAGAAGAAGCCAUUGAGCUUUUUGAGCAGAUGCUGGCAUAUGGUAUGAAGCCUGACCAUAUAACUUAUGUUGGUGUGCUGUCUGCCUGUACACAUGUGGGAUUGGUGGAACAGGGUCGGAGAUAUUAUAAUUUGAUGCAAGAUAUACACAAAAUCGAACCCACCUUAAGCCAUUAUGCAUGCAUGAUUGACCUUUUUGGGCGUGCUGGAUUGCUACAAGAAGCACAUGAUUUUAUUAAAAGUAUGCCUAUUGAACCAGAUGUCAUAUCUUGGGGUUCACUUUUAUCUUCUUGUAAGGUUCAUAAAAAUGUGGAGUUGGCAAAAAUUGCAGCAGAAAGAUUGCUUCUUAUUGAGCCUGAUAACAGUGGGGCUUAUUCAGCCCUUGCUAAUUUAUAUUCAGCUUGUCGUAGAUGGGAAGAUGCUGCUAAAAUUAGAAAGUCAAUGAAGGAUAGAGGAGUGAAGAAAGAUCAAGGAUUCAGUUGGCUUCAGAUACAAAACAAAGUCCAUGUCUUUGGGGUCGAAGAUGGUCUUCACCCACAGAAAGAUGCCAUAUACGAUAUGAUGGAAAAGAUCUGGAAGGAGAUUAAAAAACUGGGUUUCAUUCCAGAUACAGAAUCAGUAUUGCAUGACCUUGAACCAGAGGUGAAAGAGCAGAUCCUUAGACAUCACAGUGAAAAACUUGCUAUUGCAUUUGGGCUAAUAAGUACCCCAGAGAAUACUGCAUUGAGAAUCAUGAAAAACCUUAGAGUUUGUAAUGACUGCCACUCUGCCAUAAAAUUUAUCUCCAAGCUUGUGGGCAGAGAAAUUAUUGUGAGAGACUCCACUCGUUUUCACCAUUUCAAGGAUGGUUCCUGCUCAUGUCAGGAUUAUUGGUAGGAACAGGAGUGUGAUUUUAAGAAAAAUCUCCUGUUAUCAUGGUGCUGUUGCCACUGAUGAUUGUCGAUGUUCCAGAAUAGGGAUGUAAGUUCUUCGUGAAGGAGAUCAUUCUAUUGAUGCAUCAGUGGCUACUGCUCUUUGUUUGGGGUCAUAAGCCCAGCAUCAAGUGGCACUGGUGGAAAAACCUUUAUGCUUCUGAGGUUAGCAAUUGGGAAGGCACAAGCCUUUGAUAUGAGAAAAACUGCCCCCUUGAAAGCUUCUGAGGUAGUCCAAAUCACUUUACUCAAAUCCUCUCUGGAUUAGUUUUUGAACUUGAGUGCAAACAGUUCCUAUUUAAGCACAAUAUUGUAAGUUGUACCAAAAGAAUCUUUUGGGGUUUCUUACUUUUUAUACUUCCUUACAAGGGUUGCAUUACACUCGGCACUUUUGAGUAAAAUUAUAACUUAUCAAAAAAGAAAAAUCAAUAUAUUUUUAUUUUUUCUACCUCAUUCAUGUAUAAUGUUGUGGAGCAAUUGAGUUGUAUGAUUUGGUUCAAAAGCUCUUAUUAGCCAAAUAAUUGGCAAUGCUUACUUGGUCAGAAGCUUCUACAAACGUUUGGCUAGAAAAAUUCUUCACCUGGAAGACCCAAGUUUGAUUAAUUUUUGUAAUUAUGAACCUCAUAUUGCUUGUUGAACUGUAAGUUCCAGGUAAACUAUUCUUGAAAUCAUUCUCUUACAUGGUUAUUCAUUAUCAGAAUAUGUAUGCCCGCAAUGCUACUCUGAAAGUAGAAGGUGCCCUCUCCAUAGCACUUUCAGGGGAAAUUGCAGGCCUUUACAAAGCUUGGAAACAACAUGGAAGGCUUCCUUGGAAGGGGCUUGAUGGACAGCUGAGUGUCUCACUCAGUUGGGGUUUAAGAUAUCACCAUAUCUCCACAUGCAGAUGGUCAAGACAGAAUCAGGGAUCUUAGCAGAUAAGGGACUCUGAGAUAUAUUUACUUCAAAUGGAAGUCUUUUGCAGCCAGGCAAAACCUGCUGCAGUGCAAAACCAGCACAUACACUAGGGAAAGUUUCAAAAUUUGGUCCAGUGGCCUUGUAUAAUGGCUCAAUUGGAUUACAUUUGAUUAUAUGUUCAGAAGGUUGGAGGGUUACUGACAAUGAAGGAUUUGCAAAGAUAUAAAGUUAAAUUAACAGAACCAAUAUCUGCUAACAUUUUAGGGCUUAAAUUGGUUGCCGUGUCUCCUCCUUCAGGUCCCCCCCAGUGAUACUUAUGACAUUCUUUCUUAUGAUGCAAUUCUUUUGGGUGUUUCUGGCUCCCGUGGGUUCCAUCAAGCAAUUGAGGCUUUGAAGCAUGUGUUUACUGUGAGGAUGAAUCUUGGUGAUCCUGACUUUGUUGAUGUGUUAAAAGUUCUAUCUGAUAUGCUCUCUCCUAUGUUAGCUAAAGAAUUAAACAAAAAAAAUAUAUGAUAAUAUGACAUUUGAUUUCAGUCAUUGUGGCGGUAGAUAAGCUGCUUCAUUGAUAGAGACUCAGUACGUCAAUAAGAUCUUAAAGAGAAA